UUGAAAACCUUAAUACUGGAAGGCAACUACAUAACGGACAGAGGAGCGAUGACACUCUUCAGAGGACUGCAAGGAGGCUCUAACACUCUAGAGACUCUUGUGCUGUCCCAGAAUGUGAUUGGAAAUAGAGGAGCCAAGAUGAUCUCGGAUUUCCUCAAGGAGUCGAGCGCAUUGCUGACGUUGGACCUGUCAUGGAAUCAGAUCGUUGAAGAGGGAUGUUCCAACAUCUUCGAUGGGAUGACGACGAAUCAAGUCCUCGAACAGCUCAACCUGUCUCAGAAUAGGAUAGGACACGAGGGAGGAGUUAGUCUCAGCAAUAUGUUGAAAGUCAACAAGUCGCUGAAAAAGUUGAGCGUCAGCAGCUGUCACAUCCCGGAAAGCUGCGGAGGAAUGCUCGCCGACUCAAUCUUUGUCAAUGCAAGUAUCGUAGAGCUGGACUUGAGCUGGAACCUGUUGGGU